CACCGUCUCACUGUGGAGGAGAUCCAACAUUACACUUCACUUAACGUCUCAAAGCCAAUGUAAGAAAGAAAAGCUACCAGAAAUAUUCUUUCUGUUUGUCUAAACUAUAAGCUUAUCUUUCAUCACAUUUUAAAAUGGUUGUAAAUGAUAUUUUCAUUUGUACUAAUGCCCCUUUGUGACAGUGAGGAUUUAUUAAAACAAAAACCCAAUUCUUGUAUUUUGAGGAAGUUGCUUUGCCAGAAACAGGAAACCCAACACUGCAGUUCAUACCAAACUGCAUAAAGUCAUACAAAGCGAAAGAAACCCAGAGACACAGUGUUUGUGGAACAAACUCAUUGAAGAGGAAUAUGAACGCCCCACUUUUCUUUAUUCUGACUUGGAUAUUUGUAUUUUUCCACGUUUCUGUAUGCUUACAAAAGGACACUCCAGAUUUAUACCUGGACAACACAGUCUUUGUGGCCUUUGCGGGUGAAUAUCUAUCUAUUGGCUGUACCAUCAUGAAGAGCAAAAACCAAAGUGUAGACUGGAUGACAUGCUUCGAUCCUUUCAAAAAGCUGAUAUACCGCCGUGACAUCCCUGCAGUGUAUAUCACAGGGGAGAUUCGUCUGACUGUGAAGCUAAGAAACGUGACCAUCUCAGGAGAAUACGUAUGCGAGUACCACAACACCAAAGUGUUCUGGUUUCUCCAAGUGAGAAAUCAUGGCUACAAGGAACCCAGAAUGUUGGGCAACACAGAAAUCAUCCCAGUGGCCGUCAUCACUGCCAUGCUUCUGGUUUUCAGCGUGGCUGGGUCAGUGUAUGUCUUCAGAGGAAAUUGGAAAGAGCAGAUUACUAAAUGUGGCAAAACUGGUGGAAAACAAAAACAGAUCGGAGAAGAAAGGAAGACCAGCGAGACGGAGGAAGACACUGAAAUAAUAACAGCUCCAUCUGCAUCUUUCUACUGUAGUCUACAACCUCGACCCAGGUCCAUUUAUGACUCGCUAGAACAUUUGGGUGCCGAGGAGCAGGACCAAAGAAAGACUAAACCCGACAAGACUGAACCACCAAAUAUGAUCCAGCCAACCAUUCAACUCAAGGAUGAAGAUGUAUUUGAGUCGGUCUAUGAAAACUAUUGAAUCAUAAAUAAAUAAACUUACUUCACCACAGCAGGACAAUUAAAUCAGUUUCAGAGAUCAUGGACCCCCAGUGUCAUUAUCACUGAUUAUCAGUGGAUCAGUAAUAUUCUGAGUCAAUCUAAACGUCACAUUUUAAAAAGUACCCUGUGUAAACUGUGGUGAGUAACUUUUAGAUAUAAAAAGCUGGUGGUGUUUAAAUCCCAUGUCACUCGGCAACGUUCCUGGGAUGCACACAGGAAGUGAUUCCUUUUAUGUCAAGACAGACCGAGGUCACAGCAACAUUACACUAAUAAAACUGCAAACAGGUUGGGAAAUAAUUGAAAAGAAAAAUGACAUGUUUCUGAGGUUAUACUGCUCAAAACCUCAGUCAUUCAGCAGUUUGACAGGAAAAAUGCUUUAUGCUCACAAUGCUUCUUCAGUCAGGUCUGAUAGUACUGCUUGGCAGGUAAUGUUUACUUUUUGUUGUUCACAAAGGACAGAGGCAAAAUAAUAAAAAUAGACACAGCAGCUUUAAAGUGAAAACGUGCCACAAAUGUGUGAUUAGGAAAAGAUUUACCAAAUGGCCUCUGGCAGUGUUCCAUUUGUUAUAAACUGAGGGUUGCACCUUCACUUGUGUCUGUCUCUCUCUCUGCUUGAGUGUGUUUACAAGUGUGAUGAACUGCGGCUGUGUAAGACAAAGUUCCAUCACAAGAUGCUGAAUUCUCCCAACUAUGAAGGGAACUUUCGUCGUACCACACUGUGUUCCACACAGGAUUUCCCCUCAAGAUCUGGAUGUAACACGUUAUAGUCAUUAUGUUACAAGAAAAUGAAUUUCCUCCUGGAGCUAAUUCUGUGUAUUCAGUAUUUACUGUAGAUAAGGUAAAUUGAUGUAUGUCAGCUUUUUUAAAAUCUGAAUCUGUACCAGUAUCUAUAAUUGUUAAAUACAUCUACUGGUGUUAAACAUUAGAAUUUAUGUUUUGUACACAGGACUUAAGAAACUAACACAGGAUUCUGACCAUUACAUUUUUUUUUUUAUCUUCCAGUGUUUCUAUGUGUUACUAACAUGAUUUUGUCUCUAUAACUAUGUCUCUAUGGGAAACACAGAUGGAUCCCAUGAUAUUUAUUAAUUGAUUUAAUUAGCAGAUGUUUGACUUUUACUAAA